GGAAUUCUGUUCGCCUACACUUGAAAAUUACCUAGGGCUGGCCCUGAGUGUGGCUCAUCACAGCUGCUUGUUUUGUUUUCUCCCACCCUUAAGUUUGUAGCUGUUGGGCACUAUCAUGAUAAGCCCCUUUAUUUCAAAUGUAUCUCUAGACCUCUGCUUCUAAAUUACUAAGUUUCUUAGCAGUAUUCCCUGGCAAUGCAUGGCAAGAAGAUAGGAAUUCUCAAGUAGCAGAAAAAGGAGGGUAAUAUAAAGCUUCCUGUUGCAACAGGUUUUAGAAGGAUGUUUGAGAAACCUGGCUUUGGGUUAAUUGCUAACAGAGAAUGUUAUUGGCUGAUUCUCACUUUGUUUCUAAGCUCAUAUCAGAGAGCUUUUGAAACCCUAAAAUGCCAAAGGUGCAGGGAUAUAAAAGCCACAUUCUCACAUUGUGGACUUUGUAAAUACUCGCCUCUUUCAGAAGUAAUUUCUAUGAACAGUGACUAAAAUAUAUAAAAAAAUUUCUUUUCAUAAUCCCCACCUGGAUUUUGCCAGCAAAGUACCAGAGGUUUUCAGGAUGGAGCUGAUUCUUCUGACACAAUUCUUUCUGGGCAUCUCUUUGCGUGAGUUCCUCAAAGAUCCAGUCUAAACAUACAUAGCCGAGUAUCCCCAGUGCCAAUAAGUUGGUUUGAGCUGUAUCUAUUGCAAAUUAUUUUAUGAUGGCUUGGUCUUAAAUGAGCAAUCAGGAUCUAUUGGCUUUGAAAAAGAUUUGUCUUUUGUGUUGAUGGUGUUAUUGAAAACCAUGAGGCGGAGGGGUCCGAUCAGAGAGCUAUAGAGGGUCCUGCUGGCUGAUACUUUUCCUAUUAAUUUUCCAGGCAGUUGACACAAUCACCCAGUACCCAUCUUUCCUAGCCAACAAUGAACCCUUCCACCCAACCAGUCAUGGAUUUUGGAAUUUAUAGGGGGUGUUGGAACCAAACCCCGGCAGAUACCAAAGGCCCAAUGUACAGUUUUGCUCUUUCUUUAGGUGUACACACACACACACACACACACACACACACACACACACACACACACACAGCUAUUGUCUUCCACAUCAGAAGGACAGUUAAUCCUUCUUCGCAGGUGCAAUUGGUGGAGAUGAGAGACAGAGUCUUCUCAGUGGUGGCCCCUCGGCUAUGGAACUUCCUCCCCAGGGAGAUUAGAUCAACUUCCUCCCUCCUGACCUUCCGCAAAAAAGUGAAGAUGUGACUCUUUGACCAAGACUUAGAAAAUCUAGUGCAAUAAUUAGAUACAAAAGAUGUGUAAAUGACUUAUGGAAUGGCCUCGGACUACGCCUAUGGAUCACGUGAUUUAACUUGUUGUAUGGAUUCAAAUGCUUUUAAUUGUUUUAAUGGUACAGUUGUUUUUAUUGUACUAUGUUUUUAAAGGCAUUGCCAAUGUUGUGAAGCUGCCUUGAGUCCCCUCCGGGGUUGAGAAAAGCGGGAUAAAAGUGCUGUAAAUAAAUAAAUUAAUAAUCCACUCCAGAUUUGGAUAGCUAGAAAUGAGGUGAUGCCUUAAAAGUGAUGCUUUAAGGGCACACUGUAUAUGGAUCUUUGAGCAAUUCAUGUUCAUUAACACAGUUACUCUUUCUUUCUAUGAUUCAUCCCUGGCCCAGGAUACCUGUGUGGAGGAAAAGAUGGUGCAUAUGAGGCAAAGGGAUUACCCAGUUGAUGCAUGGUCACCUUAGAAGGGUUGGCCCCUCACGGAGGUCUUCCUCCAGGGGCAGACUCAGAACUGGAGUGGGCAGAUCAAAAGACAACCUGGCAAAAUGGCACUACCUAAAAGAAUUCUUGGUCAAAAGAUAUUUUACCACUUGUGCUCCUUCUAUUUUUAUCAGUUUUAAACUAAUUUAUGCAAUGCCUUUGAUACAAAAUAAAUAAAUAAAUUAGAAAAAGAAACAUGAUCGCUGUGAAAAUUAAAAUGCAUUCAUACUUUGGUUUGGAACCAUACUUUGGUUUCUGUCUGAAACAGUUAUUUUAUUUACAGGGUGGGGGAGACUUACCUGAGACCUAAACUUUCCUCUUGGCCCCAUGAAGUUAAAAGUAGAUGUUACAAUGCUUACUGGUGUUUCAAUCUGCCUGUCCCAUAACAUUUGAGGAGGCGCAUGUGAAACAGUCUCUUGCCAUUGAUUUCCCUCUCUUCUGACAGAUGCUCCCAGUGAAAUGUGGCCGAGGCAAAGAAACUCGCUGCCACAACAUCAUGUCACACAUCGAGCAUCCCAAGAUAUGACAGAGUAAAGACAUGGAAAGGAGGAUGAGGCUACCCUUUUUCAUCAGGCUUGUGGGAUCUUCCUUCCAAAAUAUGACCAUUCGGAGUGAGCAACCCAUAAGACUGGAUUAUCAUUGGGAUCAGGAAUGUUGACCCAGGUGAGACUGGGAAUGUUUGUCACAGCUUCUUCGGAAGGAAAGCAUGCUGCGUCGCAGCGAAAGAUUGGCGGCCCUCCCGCCUAUUUCCUAUAGAGAGACCGGCGUAAGGAGGGUCUUCAAAAAGAUCCACAGAAAAAGCCAUGUCUCUCCUGGUGAAAGGGUAUUUGAGUCCGACUUUGGCAUGAACGACAGCAUCCCUUGCUGUACCCCCACUUGGACCGCACCACGAAGACGUCAGAGGAAGACUCUCUGGAUGGGGCUGAUUUUCCUGGCAUUCCUUUUCGGGAUUUCCUUAAAAUUCAUUCUCAGCGCCAGGCUUUUUGCAGAGAAGGAAAAAGGCAAUACUGUCAAGACCUUUCUAGACCUUCCAGUUCAGGAAGAGACAGCACCUGUGAGGCAAGAAAAUGAAGGCGUAAAGAAAAAUCUGGAACAGGAAAUGGCUGUUUCCCUUCCACAAACGCCUGAACUUGACAUUCCUCCUGAUAACACUGCUGAAGAUAUCAAUGAAAAUUGUUACAUCGUUCAGCCAAAUGCCUACAAAGAAUGGAGUGAUGACGCCACCAAGGAGGAUUUUCCUUUUAAAUCUUUAGGAGCAUUUGUGGCAAAAAUUAGUAAAACAUUAGAGCCAGAAGCAUUGGUUUGCCUGAUGGGCUUCUGCUGGAUUUAUCAGAGGUCACCAAAUGUCAUUCUGCAGCUGCUGUUGCUUCCGUUUGCCUUGGCUCUUUGUACCAUUUCAUGGACCUUGAAUUGAAGACUGCAACCUCUGGACCUACAUCUUCAGAGGUUGUGAGGGAUCGUGUCUGGAAGGAUGGCAAUAUUUAAAACUUGUGAUUUCAAGCAAUUGGAAUAACCCAAACUACACGUGUAGAUAUGAAGUUGGUGUAUAUAAUUAAAUAUUAGCUGUUAGGUUAUAGGUAUAAAAUAAAAAUGUGUUCAAAAGAAAAUGGGUAGACUUGUGGCCAGUGAUCAUUAAAGAAGUGAAAAGAACAUGCCGCAAAGAAGGAGAUUGGAAGUCGACGAUAUCCCUUAUUCCCUCCCCGAUCUCCCGUACCCAAUUACCUUCAGUGUUAGACAUAUAGAAUAGAGUAGAGUAGACCUAUAGAGUAGAGCUAUCCUUUCCUACUUUUCUAUCCUUAAUGAUUGUUCCCCCACUUUUUAAUGUAUUACUUUUGAAAAAAAA